UGUGAGCUUGACGCAGGCGCAGAAGGUUCAUUUAACCUGCAGCAGCCUCUGAAGCGACACCAACAAAAGAACCGACAGAAGAAGACCUCAAGAAACCACAGAAACCUUUUAUUUUCUCACCGGAAACAACAAAAAGACUGAAAACAUGAUUGAGAAAUCCAACAGCCAAUACGACUCCUUCCUCUUCUGGAGGCAGCCAAUCCCGGCCCCCGAUCUGUCGGAGCUGGAGGACCUGGGCGGGACCGACGCUCAGCCGGCCAAUAGCAUCAAAGGAAAAGACAAGCGGAGCCAGAAAGAGGCGGACGAGAUGACCCAGUUCUCGUCCUUUAAUUACUGGCGAGCUCCGAUCGCCGACGUGGACGCUCUGCUCGCCGACCUCAACCUGCUGCUCUGAAACGCUCCUCUCCGUCUGACCUCUGACCUCUGACCUCUGACCCCCCCACCUCACUAUUCCCCACGCCAUGUGUAUUAAAUAGGGAACUAAUAUAGUGUAGGGGUUCUUGAACGCAUCACUUAAAGGUCCUCAUCUGAAUUAUUUUUUUUACGCUCAGGGCUCCCGAAACGAUUGCCCCCCCCAUGUUCGGAAAAACCAAGACCUGUGUCUACUUCAGGGUCACGUCCCCUGGGGUUGCUUUGUAGUCUGGGAUCCUCAACUGCAUCAACUUUUCCUUCCCUCGCCUCCUUUCCUUCUCUCGCCUCCUUUCCUUCCCUUGCAUCCUUUCCUUCCCUCUCCUCCUUUCCUUCCCUCGCCUCCUUUCCUCUCAGCGUCUUAAGUCCGCGACGCGAGGAAAACGAUACGAGGGAACAGUGCGAUGCGUUUCCUCUCUGCUCGCAUCGUUUCCUUGCAUCCUUCCCUCGCAUCGUUUCCUCUCUGCUCGCAUCGUUUCCUCUCUGCUCGCAUCGUUUCCUCUCUGCUCGCAUCGUUUCCUCGUGUCUUAGUCCAACGUGAGGAAGCGAUGCAAGAGAGAGAGGAAACAAUGCGAGGGAAGGAUGCAAGGAAACAUUUCCUCUCUCUCCUCGCAUCGUUUCCUAUCUCCUUACAUCGUUUCCCCUCUCUCUUGCAUCGUUUCCUCUCUCUCUUGCAUCGUUUCCUCGCAUCGUUUCCUCUCUGCUCGCAUCGUUUCCUCGUGUCUUAGUCCAACGUGAGGAAACGAUGCAAGACAGAGAGGAAACAAUGCGAGGGAAGGAUGCAAGGAAACAUUUCCUCUCUCUCUUACAUCGUUUCCUCUCUCUCUUGCAUCGUCUCCUAUCUCCUUGCAUCGUUUCCUCGCAUUGUUUCCUCUCUCUCUUGCAUCGUUUCCUAUCUCCUUGCAUCGUUUCCUCGCAUCGUUUCCUCUCUGCUCGCAUCGUUUCCUCGUGUCUUAGUCCAACGUGAGGAAACGAUGCAAGAGAGAGAGGAAACAAUGCGAGGGAAGGAUGCAAGGA